AUGAGGACAGAAUUCACAAGACCAAGAUUUCUAUUCCUUUAUUUAUCAUUGGGCUUAUUGUUCACGAGGAGAGCAAUUGCAAUCAACAAUAAGCACCCUUUAUCAGAUCUACAUACAAAUGCCUUACGAAAAGACUUCAAUGAUUGCAUGGACACAAUAGAAAAUAACAAUUUGAAAUUCCAUUCAUGUCAAGGAUUUUCGUCAAUUGAAAGUUGUCGUUGCUUCUUCUUGAAAGAGGUUGACCAUCAAUGUAAGUCCUUGGGUGAAAAAAGCAGCAAUUAUUGGUACUUUGAGCACCAGAUUCUAACAUAUUGUAAGAAUGUUCACACGACUUCUUACUCUGUGGAAAUUCCAUCCAAAACGAGCGGAAAUAAUGACUUUAAAUUCGAUAAUAAAUUGGGUAUUAAUGGUUCUGGAUCGUACGGAACAGAUAUAUUUGCAAGCGGUAACACCCCAGAAUAUUAUCCUCCUAAACCUCUUGGAGUCGAUGAACCACGUAUGCUGGAUGAUAACAUCAAUCUAACUCAUAGAUUACAAAAGAGAUGGGAUGCUGCGGCUACUACUUUAGACUUUGAAGAAUACUAUGAAAAGAAGAAACCAAAUGCCAUGACAAUCAAUUGCAAGCUUAUGAGAUCCUUGAAGAUAACAGCUUCACCAACCAAUCACCAAAUGACCCAAUUUUCAACGACGAUUCUAGUUCAAAAUCCAACUGGAACCCACACAACUUCCAUCGAAGCUAUAUUGGUGUUACCGAAGAAUAAAGACCAAUCUCAAGACCAGAAACACGAGAAAAGAUUGAACAUCAACACCGUAAACGCAACAACUAAUUUUACAGAAGUGAACGUCGUUUAUUUGUCUGAUGCAUCUUUUUUCAGCCAAAAGUUACCACUAAUUUUACUUGCGGCAUCAGUCUUACUUUCCGUUAUUUUUUUUUCUUCCUACACCUACUAA